CUCUCCUCUCCGCCUGGCUCGCUCAGCGCUCCACACAUUCAGUCAGAGAGUGGAGGAGCAGAGAGGAGGAGAGAGGUCGGCUCGCUCUGCUUCACUUCAGGAGAGAGAGAAAAAAGAAGAAGUGAAUUAAACUAAAACAAAAAAGAGGAAUUAACCCGAGUGAGGAGUGAUUGUUUUUUUUGUUGGGGGAGAAAAUGAGUGAGGACAACCACUCCCACUACAGGCUGGACCCCAGUGACCGCCUCAACGGACUGGGACAGAGGAGAAAGAGACCCAAGAAGUCGGACAGUAACACAAGUUUCCUGCGAGCAGCGAGGGCGGGAAACAUAGACAAGGUUUUGGAAUUUCUGAAAGGAGGAGUAGACAUCAGCACCUGCAACCAGAAUGGGCUCAACGCUCUGCACCUGGCAGCCAAGGAGGGUCAUAUGGACCUGGUCCAGGAGCUGCUGGACCGAGGAGCGGCGGUGGAUGCAGCCACAAAGAAAGGGAACACAGCUCUGCACAUAGCCUCUCUGGCCGGGCAGGCUGAAGUCGUAAAGAUCCUGGUCAAACGAGGGGCUGACAUCAAUGCACAGUCUCAGAAUGGAUUCACUCCUCUGUACAUGGCGGCUCAGGAGAAUCACCUAGACGUGGUGCGAUACCUGCUUGAGAAUGGAGGCAACCAGAGCACUGCAACAGAGGAUGGCUUCACCCCUCUGGCCAUCGCCCUCCAGCAGGGCCACAACCAGGUGGUGUCAGUGUUACUGGAGAACGACACUAAAGGAAAGGUCCGUCUCCCUGCUCUGCACAUCGCUGCCCGCAAGGACGACACCAAGUCAGCCGCGCUGCUUCUCCAGAAUGACCACAAUGCUGACGUCCAGUCGAAGAGCGGAUUCACCCCUCUACAUAUCGCUGCCCACUACGGCAACGUCAACGUGGCAACGCUGCUGCUGAACCGAGGGGCGGCAGUCGACUUCACAGCGAGGAAUGGCAUCACUCCUCUUCAUGUGGCGUCCAAACGUGGAAACACAAACAUGGUUGGCCUGUUGCUGGACCGAGGAUCACAGAUUGAUGCUAAAACACGGGACGGCCUGACUCCUCUUCACUGUGCUGCUCGAAGUGGACAUGAUGCGUCUGUGGAGCUGCUGCUGGAGAGAGGAGCACCCCUGCUGGCCAGAACCAAGAACGGGUUGUCUCCUCUGCACAUGGCGGCCCAAGGCGACCAUGUGGACUGUGUCAAACACCUGCUGCAGCACAAGGCGCCCGUUGAUGACGUCACGCUGGACUACCUGACAGCGCUGCACGUAGCGGCUCACUGUGGUCACUACAGAGUCACUAAACUGCUGCUGGACAAGAGGGCCAACCCCAACGCCAGGGCGCUGAAUGGCUUCACUCCGCUGCACAUAGCCUGUAAGAAGAACAGGGUGAAGGUGAUGGAGCUGCUGGUGAAAUACGGAGCCUCUAUUCAGGCCAUCACAGAGUCUGGUUUGACUCCCAUCCACGUAGCCGCCUUCAUGGGUCACCUGAACAUCGUUCUGCUGCUUCUGCAGAACGGAGCCUCACCUGACGUCAGCAAUAUUCGAGGAGAAACAGCCCUUCACAUGGCGGCCAGAGCUGGUCAGGUGGAGGUGGUCAGGUGUCUGCUGAGGAACGGAGCCAUGGUGGACGCCAGAGCCCGGGAGGAUCAGACUCCGCUCCACAUCGCAUCCCGUCUGGGUAAAACUGAGAUUGUUCAGCUGCUGCUGCAGCACAUGGCCCACCCUGAUGCUGCCACCACCAACGGCUACACCCCCCUCCACAUCUCCGCCAGGGAGGGGCAGGUGGAGACGGCAUCUGUCCUGCUGGAGGCCGGAGCUUCACACUCACUGGCCACGAAGAAAGGUUUCACUCCCCUGCAUGUGGCCUCCAAGUACGGAAGCCUGGAUGUGGCCAAACUUCUGCUUCAGCGUCGAGCUCCGCCUGAUUCUGCUGGAAAGAACGGCCUCACCCCGCUCCAUGUCGCAGCUCACUAUGAUAACCAGACGGUGGCGCUCCUGCUUUUGGACAAAGGAGCGUCUCCACAUGCAGUGGCCAAGAACGGCUACACUCCUCUCCACAUCGCGGCAAAGAAGAACCAGAUGGAGAUUGCAACGGUGCUGCUGCAGUACGGAGCCGAGACCAACAUCCUGACCAAGCAGGGCGUCACUCCUCUGCACCUGGCUUCCCAGGAGGGCCACGCAGACAUGGCUGCCCUGCUCAUCGGCAAGGAAGCACAGCUCAACGUCGCCACCAAGAGCGGCCUGACUGCUCUCCAUCUGGCAGCUCAGGAGGAUAAAGUGGCUGUUGCAGAGAUUCUAGCCAAGAACGAAGCCAACCUCGACCAGCAGACCAAAUUGGGAUACACCCCGCUGAUUGUAGCAUGCCACUAUGGGAACGCCAAGAUGGUCAGCUUCCUGCUUCAGAGCGGAGCCAAUGUUAACGCCAAGACAAAGAACGGAUACACUCCUCUUCAUCAGGCAGCCCAGCAGGGAAACACACACAUCAUCAACGUACUGCUGCAGAACGGUGCCAAGCCUAACGCUAUCACUGUGAACGGAAACACUGCUCUGGGAAUCGCUCGUCGGCUCGGGUAUAUCUCUGUGGUCGACACGCUGAGGGUCGUCACAGAGGAGAUCAUCACCACCACCACGACGGUGACAGAGAAACACAAGCUGAACGUGCCGGAGACCAUGACGGAGGUGCUGGAUGUCUCUGAUGAGGAAGGUGAUGACACAAUGACAGGUGACGGAGGAGAGUACCUGAGGGCAGAGGACCUCCGGGAGCUGGGUGAUGACUCCCUGCCCGGACAGUAUCUGGAUGGAAUGAACUACCUCCGCUUCAGCCUGGAAGGGGGACGCACUGACAGUCGAAUGCAAAGCUCCGACAGGUCGUUCACCCCGACCCAUCACAGCUACUACUCCCCCAAACACGAAGGCAUCAUGGACGAGAUGCUCAACUGUCAGGUUACAUCCCUCUCCAGAGAGCAUGAGAGGGAUUCGUACCGGCUGAGCUGGGGCACAGAGAACCUGGAUAACAUCGCUUUAUCCUCCAGCCCCAUUCACUCCGGCUUCCUGGUCAGCUUCAUGGUGGAUGCCAGGGGUGGAGCCAUGCGUGGCUGCCGGCACAACGGCCUACGCAUCAUCAUCCCACCCAGGAAGUGCAGCGCUCCCACCAGGGUGACGUGUCGGCUGGUGAAGAGGCACCGUCUGGCCACCAUGCCCCCGAUGGUGGAGGGCGAGGGUCUCGCCAGCAGGAUCAUCGAGGUGGGGCCGUCUGGAGCUCAGUUCCUCGGCCCUGUGAUCGUGGAGAUCCCACACUUUGCAGCCCUGCGGGGGAAAGAGAGGGAGCUGGUUAUCCUGAGGAGUGAGACCGGAGAGAGCUGGAAGGAGCAUCACUGUGAGCACACGCAGGAGGAGCUGAACCAGAUCCUCAACGGGAUGGAUGAGGAGCUGGACACACCAGAGGAGUUGGAGAGGAAGCGGAUCUGCCGUAUCAUCACUAGAGAUUUCCCACAAUACUUUGCUGUGGUGUCACGCGUCAAGCAGGACAGUAAUCUGAUUGGUCCUGAGGGAGGGAUUCUGAGCAGCACAGUCGUUCCACAAGUGCAGGCAGUGUUUCCUGAGGGGGCCCUCACCAAGAGGAUCAGGGUCGGACUACAGACCCAGCCGGUGAUCGUGGACGUCGUGAGGAAGAUCCUGGGAAACAAAGCCACCUUUAGCCCCAUCGUCACCCUGGAGCCCCGCAGGAGGAAGUUCCACAAACCCAUCACCAUGACGAUCCCCGUCCCAAAGAGCAACUCUGACCCCAUCCUCAACGGCUUCGGAGGAGACCAGCCCACCUUACGCCUGCUCUGUAGUAUCACAGCAGGUGGAACCACGCCGGCUCAGUGGGAGGACAUAACGGGAACCACUCCGCUAACGUUCAUCAAUGACUGUGUCUCGUUCACCACCAACGUGUCUGCCAGAUUCUGGCUGAUAGACUGUCGACAAGUCCAGGAGUCUGUCAACUUCUCCACUCAGGUGUACCGAGAGAUCAUCUGCGUCCCGUACAUGGCCAAGUUCGUCAUCUUUGCAAAGACACACGAUCCCAUCGAGGCCCGACUACGCUGCUUCUGCAUGACGGACGACAAGAUAGACAAAACUCUGGAGCAGCAGGAGAACUUCACAGAGGUGGCCCGCAGCCGAGACGUAGAGGUUCUUGAGGGCAAACCUAUCUAUGCAGACUGCUUUGGAAACCUUGUUCCCCUCACCAAAAGUGGCCAGCACCAUCUCUUCAGCUUCUUUGCCUUCAAGGAAAACAGACUAGCACUCUUCAUCAAAAUCAGAGACAACACUCAGGAGCCGUGUGGACGUCUUUCUUUCAUGAAAGAACCCAGGAAUUACCGGUCAAUCACGCAAAAUGCAAUAUGCAACCUCAAUAUCACCCUCCCAUCAUACUGCAAGACGAACAGGAUCCAGGAGAAAUCAGGUUUGCAUGACGGAUCCCACAGCAAAGAGGUCAGGAUCACAACAACAGCCCAUGUCACUUCAGAGGGGCCUCACUCUGUCUCAGACCUACAGCACUCAAAAGUGGAGAGCACACAGGAGCAGAGAGACUCUCAGCCUGUUAGAGCUGAUACAGACGGCUCGGCCUCGAAGGCUGCAGUGACAUCCAGCGCUGCUAACAGGACUGAUGAGCAAAAGGAGGAGAGUCUGAGAAAGUGGAGAGAGACAGGAGAUGAGGAGGAAGGUCCAGAGUCAGGUGGUAGCAGUCAGCAGACUGGUGUGCUAAAACAAGGUAAUAACGUCACAGAUGAAGUGAAAGGAGAUAAAAAAGCAGGAGCACCAGAGACCGGACUCGGUGCAACUGCUGAUUCAGGUGAAACAGCGGAAAAGUUCAAAGCAGAGGUCUGUGUCUACGAUGACACGGAAGAGGAUGACGAGGCACUAGAGCCUCCCAAAACGGAGUCAAAGGGCGUCACCGCAAGGGUGGACGCUGACUCGUGGUCGGCCAUGCGCGAGGAUGAUGCUGCGUUUGCGGCUCGCGUCAAAGAAGAGGAACAAAAGAUUCUGAACCUGGUGGUAGACCGUCAGUCUCUGCAAGCGACCCCGGACACAACCCCGGGCAGGUCCCCGACAGAGGAGAGCACCCCAACCAGUGAGCCCAACCCCUUCCUGUUUCAGGAGGGGAAGCUCUUUGAGAUGACCCGCAGUGGUGCUAUUGACAUGACGAAGAGGAGCUAUGAAGAAGAGGGGGCUGGCUUUGCCUUUUUCCAAAUAGGUGAACAGCCUUUAGAGGAACCUUCUGUAGAGGAGGUCAUGCAAGAGAGACCAGCAGCAGAGCCUGAGGUCGGCCUCAAUCUAACAUUAGAGAUCAAAACUGAGGAGUCUGAAAAACCGAAAGAAAAACCUGAUCCUCUGCCUCAGUCCCCGCCUGAAGGCGACCAGUCAGCUUCUAAAUCAGACACCUCCAAAUCUAAAAUCCCUAAGAUGGGGAUAGCAGCUUCAGCCAAACCCACAAAGAAAGAUCAGACUUCCCCCGAGGCUCAGGAGGCAAAGACAGAUAAAAAAGUGAAUGAAGCAUGUUUAGACUUAGACUCAAGCUCUCCUGAGCAACUGAUUACAAAUGUACAGACAGCAGAGACCACCGUUACUAGAUCAGUUUACCCUGAGCAGGGACAAGAGUCCUCUGAUUCAUCUCCAGAGGAACCGCAGUCAGUGAUAGAAGCCCCCAAAACAACAGCCAAGUCCAAACAGAGUGCAUCCAGUAGUGUUAAAAAGACCCCGGCCAAAACUCAGACUAAAUCCGCUCCUCAAGGGCGGGGUAAGUCCGGUAUCCCCUCUCCAUCUCACACUGCUCCCUCUUCAACCACUCUUAAAAAAGAGGCCUCGUUCACCUCAGAGUCCAAAUCUAGAAUUCCCAUCAAGGCGAGCGCUCUGAAGCCCGACUCUAACGCCAAGCGUACCGAAUCUACACAAGACAGAAAACUAAAGGUCCCCGUAAAAAAGGAUCCACGAAGGAAAUCUGAGACAGAUGCGGGUCCCUCAGUUGAAGUCAAAACCAAGACCUCUUCUCCCAAAGCCAAGAGCUUCUGUGAGGGAGAGUCGACCCGGCCGUCUGCUAAAAAAGAGGGUCGCCCUCUGAGUGCUGAGUCAGCAAAGUCUAAAAGCUUCCAGUCCAGAUUGCCAGUCCGAGGAAAGAGCGGUCAGACCUCUCCGGUAACGACACCGACUAAAGAGAAAAUCGAGCAACAGAAACAGACCAUUGAGAGCUUUGAAGAGAUAGCUGACGAAGCAGCGAAACUGGUGGCGAGGUUGACGCAGGCAGAGACAGAGAAAGAACGAGAAGCUGCAGCGGCCAACUCAGACGAUGAGAGCAGUCUCAUUGACCCGUCAAUCAUAGAAAGAGAAACUUUCCCUCAGAUGCAGUUCCCUCCCUCAGGAGACGUCUUUCCCAUUAGACCACUGUGGGACGACCCUGUUGAGACACAGAUGCAGCGAAUCCCAGACGAUAAAGUCCAAAGUCAAGUAGAUCCACAGGAUGAGGCAGAGAGAAAAGAGCAACGGUUGGCCAUUAUAGCCGACCAUCUGGGCUUCAGCUGGACAGAGCUGGCAAGAGAACUGGAGUUUAGUGAGGAGAAAAUUAACCUGGUCAGGAUUCAAAACCCAAACUCACUCCAAGACCAAAGCCAUGCCCUGUUGAGACUGUGGGCUGAGAGGGAGGGAAAGCAUGGUACAGAGACAACACUGAUCAAGAGACUGACUAAAAUCAACCGAAUGGACAUCGUUCACCUCAUCGAAACCAAGAUAAUCAAGUCCCACCAGGAUGAGACGUCAUCACAUACCUAUGCAGAAAUAGAGAGGACCAUAGCGCUGGAUCACAGUGAAGGUUUCUCUGCCCUUCACGAAGACUUCGACAGUCCCAGGCAAAGCAGGCGUACAGAGGCCACACGUAGGAGUCCAGGCUCGGGACAAGACGUACCUAUGGUGUCGGCGGAGGACCUUUCCUCCAGUUUGUCGUCACUUCACGACACGUCGGGACGACAAGAGGCCGAUUCCACGGCAAGAGGCCUUCUCAAAAACGCCCAGAAGGAGAAGCUGCAGAAGGAGAUGGAGACAGCUUACUCAUCACAGAGAGUGUACGAGGAACUUAGCGACACCGUACUCACAGGGAGUUAUAAACAAGCUGAUAACCUCCCAGACAUCCCUCCACAGACCGUCACAGAGGAGAAGUACAUGGACGAGCAUGGCAACAUGGUGGUUAAGAAGAUCACACGGAAGGUGAUCCGUACAUUUGUGUCACCUGACGGCAUGGAGACACAGGAAGUGACCAUUGAGGGCUCUCACCAGGAGACAGUGCAGAUCGAGGAUGGAGACACCGUGUCCAGAGUGGUGAAGAGGACUGUGUUGCACAGUGAUGGAGAUCAGAAAGAGUUGACCUUCUCCGAGCCCCUCGCUCUCGGAGCAGCCACGGCAUCAGAGUUCGAGGUGGAGCCGGUGCAAGGUCGGAAAGUCAGCAAGGUGGUGAAGACGACGGUGGUGAGAGGAGAGAGGAUGGAGAAGCAGAUCGGAGACUCCUCGCUGGCUGCAGAUCUCCCCUCAGCCAGAGAGGACUUUGAGAAGAAGCCAAAUGCGUAAGUCGCGAACCCAGAAGAGGACUGUGGUGAGGGAUGCCCAAGGGAAGCACGUGCACCUGGAGCGUCUGGACGACACCCCAGACGCCUUGCAGCCCGACGCCCUGCAGCAGCACCUGCACCGACUACUCCAACACUACUGUCAGGACGACCAGGAGGAGGAAAAGGAGGAGGAGGAGGAGGAGGAGGAGGAGUACUUUGACUGAGCAGCUGCUCCCUACAUCUUCCACUAAAGCCUUUGGUGUCGUACGCUUCCUCAGAUCCAGAUGUUGCCCCCUUCUUGUUGUCCUGGCUGAUCUCUGGAUUUUGUUUUGGUCCGAUCAUGGAACAGUAUUUCUGUGCUUUCUCUCCUCAUCGUGUUUCUUUUGCUCUUUUUGUGACCAAAGAUAGCUCCCUUCAUAUUUGUCGGAUGAUGUUUUCUCUUCUUGUUUUUACCUCCUGGCUGCUGCGGCGUGAAAACGGUACGACGCACAGAAGGUCGAUCAAAGUCAAAGGGGGCAUCUCGGACGUUUCACCUCACGCACGGGCCUCUUCUUGAAGAACUCUUGUACACAUUUGUAAAUAAAGGAGAUAAAAAAGUCACGCUUGGACUGUGGGGGGAAACAGUCCGGUUAAAGUCAAAGCAUUUAAUACAUUAGCCCACCUGAACCUGCUGAACACGCACCGAUCCAGCUGGAGAAUGGCCACCGGACAGAUUACCGUUACACAGAGAAACCUGGAGGAGUGAAUGUUCGUGUCAUCGUGGACUCAGCCAAACAUCACCCCGCUGAUCUGUUUACACAUGCUGUGUGAUCACACCCCUCGUCUUCCCAUGAUGCAUCUUGAUUUUUAUUUAUGUCGUCGUUCUGAUGUGUGUUUAUCACAGAGCUGCCACCUCUGUGCUCGUGUAUAUACGGUGUGUGUAGAGAGGAAGAACGUAGUGAUGAAGAAUGUUUUAAUGCAGAUCGAGCACUUACCCCCUGCUGUCCACGUAGUUCCGCCCUCACCUGUCCAUCAUGCUUUACAGGAUCAGUCUGUCUUUAUUUGUUUCUUCAACUCCUCCAUGUGUGGAGCCAAACCAACGAUGAAUCCGUCCUAUGUGAUCGAUUACUCUUCCGUCCAGAGUCUGAGGUUUGUGAUGAUUUGGCGCCCCCUGUGGACAAAACGUCUCGUACUCUGUGGUCAAGGUGUUUCCUAAUGAAAUAUCUCAUCCUGAUUUGAUUUAGUAGACUAAACCCAGCACCAGAGCGUCUAAUCCUUUAAAUGAAUUAUUCAUAUUUUUAUUACUGUAGGCUCGAAAUGUUGCUCAUGCGUCUGAGCUGUAGCUGUAGCUUAAGUUAACAGCUCUACUACUCUGAUGUAAACAAGCACAGAUGACAGAUGUUACCUCGUAGUGCGACAGUAGGUACGAUUCAGCAUUUUUCAGGUACGUGAUCGCACUUUUUAUUUAUAAUGUAAGCCAGAAAAAUAAUUUACGUCUGUAUCGAAUAACUACCGGACAUCUGAACAUCCAUAUUCACCCAAUAACUCAGUUUCCAGCAAUAAAACACUGAAAAUGACCCAACAAUUUAAAUCUAAAUUGAAUUAAUUCAAAAAUAUCAUAAACGGACAGAGCAUAAAGGGUUGAUAUAAUAAGGUACGAGUGUUUGCAGUCAUGUAGAGCUGCAGAGCUGUCUCAUCAUUUCACUGUAGGUUUUAUUCCUUGUAAUGAUGCAUAUUUUAUCUCAUUUAAUAUCCUGUGAGUGUUGGAAAAAGAGUUUUCGUUGUUGUUUAAACAGCUGAGUCCUCUCUGUCCCUCCUGUCACUCAGUGUGCUGUAAAUCUACAUGUAAUGAUGCUGGAUUCACUCGUGCACAUUACGCUGUGAGUGACCGUUAAUCCUCGUUACGCCAGAACAGGAGGCGAGUUUUUAAAGCCCCUCUCGGACAGAAGUUGAAGUUGGGCGAAUGUUUUGUCUCAUUCUUUUAAAACUGACGGAGAAGUGUUUUACGUUGCAUUUGUUGAGCAAACUUGAAAGUCUGUUAGCAUUCAGGUCCUACUUUUUUCUCUGUGCCACGAUUGACGUGAGGCGUUCAGGUGUAAGUCAAAAAUCUGGUAAUUCACUGUACUGUCGUGAGUACUUUUUUCUUUACAGGACAUUUUGGCUGAUGACAUCUUUACCUGCUAGAUGACUCCACGUAAAAACAGUGGAAAGCAGGCUAACGUAAACUGCUAACUUUAGCUGUUUAAAUAUUUAGUUUCAGGUUCGAGAAGAGGAAACGUCUACACAGAGAUGUCAGAGAGUCAAAAGAUCUGGACUGAUGCAUCGUUGGUUUUGGUGUUUGUUGAAUGAAAUAAAGUCUAACUCAUCCUUUCAGACGCCUCUCAUCACAAAGAUGCUUUGCUUUAUCUGCUGUGUUUGAUUUUACAUUUUCUUCUCACUGCGAUCAAACAUCUUAAAGUCCGAACUGUCUCCAGCUAUCACUUUAUUUAUUUAUAGCCGUCCGUUUGUGACCCGUGUUUGCUCCAGCAGCUGAGGCUGAGAGACGUGUGUGUGUGUGUGAGUGUGUGUGUGCGCGUGUGUUUGAGUGUUUGAAUGUGAUCUAAAGCUUAAAGACAAACGCAGGAUCUGAUUGGUUGAAACGUUGUACAGACUGAAUGUUUGGUGUUCAUCUACAGCUGAGACUUUGUGUAACAGUACGAUCCUCACGCUGCCAUUCUGUUCGAUCCGAUGGAAGAAUAAACGUGAAAAGAGAUCAUUGAUUUGAUAACUGAGCAUCUUGUUUCCAUUGUGAUAACAAUAUAUACAUAUAACAGUGCGAAUAUCUACGCGGGCAUGUACGACUUUAUCAAAUGAUUACUAAAACAUGAACCUGAAACGCUAACAGGCAUAGCAGCUGCAGUGUGUACAUGGCAGACAAUAAACUGUUCAUGUGUCAAACCA